AAAAGUUUUCACAAUACAAGAAACGAAAUAUGGAAGAGGAAGCGAAGACACAGCUCGACUAAUUAUAAAAUAAACGAAUCUAAGGUUCCUUGUGAUGUGUUUGGCGAACGCGCAUUUUGUCUCUCUGCUUUUAUUGUGUGUUAUUGUCACUGCCAUUAUCGUCAUUUGAGUUUCUUCUCUGUACAAUACUACCGCCUUCAUGUCCUUCGUUUCAGAGGGGAUAAUCUAAGUUUAGACCUCAUUAGAUUCUAGCCGAGUUCAGUGCGAAACCGCUAUCCUCAAAUCACUUUCUCUGUGUCGAGCGUACUUCCCGCGCGCGGAUCGUCGCCUUUCAGUUGGAAAAGAGUUUGUUAAGUGACACAAGAAAGAUUUUUAUUUUUUUGCACUCGAGAAUUCGGCACCUCAAGAAAAGAGAGGGUAGAAAAUAUUACGAUCACAAUGGCAUACAGCUGGGAUAAUCGUGUUAAUUUCAUAGUGAAAUUCCUGUAUGACAUAGAUAACAAUGGAAGUUUGGACAAGCAUGAUUUUGAAUGUAUGGCAUUAAGAAUGACGCUGAUCGAGGGCAAAGGCGAUUUUAAUUACAAUCGAUAUCAAGAAAAUCUUCAUAUCAUGUUAUCUUUAUGGGAAGAAAUAGCCGACCUGGCAGAUUUUGAUAAAAAUGGCGUUGUAACGACGGAUGAAUUUAAAAAAGCUGUACAAAGUAGCUGCGUCGGCCGUUCCUAUAAUGAUUUUCCUCAGGCUAUGAAGAAGUUUAUUGAUAGUCACUUCAAAAUACUUGAUAUAAAUGAUGAUGGUAUAAUUGGCGCUGAAGAAUAUCGAUAUGAUUGCGUUACAAGAAUUGCUGUGGACAACAUAGACAUCCUUGACAAAGCUUAUCAAAGUCUGUUGAAUGAUGACGAUAGAAGACGCGGUGGAUUGACGUUGUCACGUUACCAGGAGUUAUAUGCGCAAUUUCUCGGUAAUCCCGAUGAAAACUGUCCAGCAGUCUAUCUAUUUGGACCGAUAGGACAAGAAUCGUAAUUAAAUAUUUAAAUUCGUCCUUUCAAAGUAUUAUAAAUUACCAUAUAUUUAUAUCAAAAGACAUACACGUGCGUAUUCGCAAACAUACGUACGUGUAAACACAAAAUAUAUUUAAUUAAUUAUUUAUUUAAUAAUUAUGUAACUAUUUAUUAAUCUUAUAGCUAUUUGAUGCAAAUGUGUGUACAUACAAUAUUGAAUGCCUGAUUCUUGUAAAAAUUAUUGUAAUAAAUCAGAUACUUUUUCAUAAAUUCUC